CCUUUGAUGGUGACCUCGUGCUUGCACCAUGUUUUAUAUACAGGGCAGAAAAAUGGAGCCCAAAUUGGAGAACAGAUUUGCAGAUGUUUAAGGGAAGAGAGAGUUGGAAGACAUUUAGGAUACCCAGGCGUCUCAGAGAGUGAGAAGGCAAAUGAAAAAUUAAAGUGACAUUAGCACAAAUAUGAGUGAGCAUGCUAAGAGAAAAGCCCAGAAUGGGGGAUGUAAAAAGAAGGAGGCAGGGGGUAGAAAUAGUGAAUGAAAAUAAGAAUAAAGAAAAAAGUGAGAAAGGAAGCAAGAGAGAGACAGAGCAAGGAUAGAGGAGGGGCUAUGAGGGGAAUAUGGGGAGGGGAGAGAUAAAUAAAGGGCCGUGCAGUCACCUCCCCCUUGCUCCUGUGGAGCUGAGUUGCAUGACCCCAAAAAGCUUUGUGAGUUUUACUGAAUAGAGAGAGAGAGAGAGAGACAGAGAGACAGAGGGAGGGAGGAAUAGAGGAAGGCUCUUAGAUAAGAAAGUGAGACAGAAGAGGAUGAAAGAAGAGACGGAGGGAGACAGAAGCAGCAGCAGUUGAUCUGAUCUCUUUUAGGCGUGUCAUGGAUUUGUGGAGCAGUAUUGCAGUAGUGAAUGGACUGUUCUGGAAUUCUGUACCUGGUCCAGUGGAAUAAUCAGGAAUAUUGUGCCGGUCCAGUGGAAUAGUCUGGAACUGCAGGCCUGGAGCUGUCACUGUGAUCUCAUGAUGCCUUCUGUAUCCCUAAGUAUGCCACCGGCAAUGGCUGGACGCUCGCGGACAUGGGUCUGCCUUUCCUGCAUGUUCUGGCCGGAGGAUUUUGAGGCCGUUCACUCGCACACGUUCCGGGUGAAGACGUUUAAGAAGAGCAAGCACUGUGGCGUAUGCAAGCAGACACUCAACAAGGAGGGACUCAUCUGCAGAGUGUGCCGGUUGGCUUGCCAUAAGAAAUGUGAAGUUAAGGUUUCAACCUCCUGUGUUCCCACUGCUAACUAUGAACUGGCUCCCAGCAACGACAUCCCACUAAAACAUGUAGAAACAAUGGGCUCGACUAAAUCUUCCAAGAGCAUGGAGUCACGCCGGAGACCGUCCAGCCGGAGUGUGAGUCUGAUCCAGGCAAUGGAGGAGAACUAUGAGGUGGACCUGGUGUACAUCACAGAAAGGAUCAUAUCUGUGUCUUUCCCAAGCAGCGUAGAGGAACAGAGCUACAGUGCCAACCUCAAAGAAGUGGCCAGCAUGCUCCGGUCCAAACACGGAGACAACUACUUGCUCUUCAAUUUGAGUGAAAAACGAUAUGAUAUCUCCAAACUGCAUCCCAAAGUGCUAGACUUUGGCUGGCCCGAUCAUCAUGCUCCUGCUUUGGAUAAGAUCUGCAGCAUAUGUAAAGCCAUGGACACAUGGAUGAGUGCUGACAGCCAUAAUGUUGUGGUUCUGCACAACAAGGGAAAUCGUGGGAGAACGGGGGUAGUUGUGGCUGCAUAUAUGCAUUAUAGUAACAUUUCAGCAAGUGCGGACCAGGCUCUGGACAGGUUUGCCAUGAAGAGGUUUUAUGAAGAUAAAGUACUUCCUGUGGGUCAGCCUUCCCAGAAAAGGUAUGUGCAGUAUUUCAGUGGGCUGCUCUCCGGCCACAUUAAGAUCAACAACAAGCCACUGUUCCUGCAUCACGUCAUCAUGCAUGGCAUCCCCAACUUUGAGUCUAAAGGAGGCUGCCGCCCUUUCCUCAAGAUCUACCAGGCAAUGCAGCCAGUCUACACAUCAGGGAUCUAUAACGUCCAAGGCGACAGUCAAACGAGUAUCUGCAUAACUAUUGAACCUGGUUUGCUGCUGAAAGGAGACAUUCUGCUCAAGUGUUAUCACAAGCGCUUCCGCAGCCCUUCCAGAGACGUCAUUUUCAGAGUGCAGUUUCAUACCUGUGCUGUCCAUGACCUAGGCCUUGUCUUUGGCAAGGAUGAGCUGGACGAGACAUUUAAAGAUGAUAGAUUUCCUGAAUAUGGAAAAGUAGAGUUUGUCUUCUCAUUUGGGCCAGAGAAAAUCCAAGGAAUGGGCCACCUGGAGAAUGGGCCCAGUGUUUCUGUUGACUACAACACCCAGGAUCCUCUGAUUCGCUGGGACUCUUAUGAAAACUUUAAUCAACGCUUUGAAGACUCAAUGGAAGACGUCAUUCACAUGCAAGGUCCUCUGGAUGGUAGCCUCUACGCUAAAGUCCGUAAAAAAGAGUCUGUGGAUGCUACAGCUAACGGCCUUCCCACAGCAGCUGAGCCCACUGUCGAACACACUCCUGCCCCAGUGGACCACGCUCUGUCUGUUAGCAGUGACUCUGGAAACUCCACUGCCUCCAUUAAGACUGAUCGCACUGAUGAAACUGCCCAGCAGGCAGUGUCGGUGAUCCAGCAGCCCAGUCAGCCCCUCAGUCCUGAGGAGAGGCAAGAGCUGGAGCAACUCCUCAGUGGCCUAGAGGCUCCCAUGCACCAGCCAGGUUACCAAAAUAGUCAUGGGGGAGGAGGUGGAGGAGGAGGUGGUAUCCUCCACCUGGUUCCAGCUCAGGUCCACGUUAAUGGACACAACAGCAUAGAUAGGGAGACAGACAUCCUGGAUGAUGACCUGCCCAACAGCCAAGAAGGCAACAGUGUGGACAGCUUGGGUACUCUGUCCUCCCUAGAGGGUCGAGCCACUCCAGCUGACCUGUACUACCAACCUGAGACAGUGAUCAAUGGGCAGGGCAUGCCCUACUUGGAGGGAAGCGGACAUGGAAAAGAGAUAGAACCUGUAACACUACUUUAUGGUUCUUCCUCCUCCACUCAGGAAGGUCUGGGCAACUCAGAGCUACCAUCCAGCAGUUAUGCCAGCCACAAUGGAGGCAUCUUUCGCUCACAGUCUUUUGGAGCGAUGCCCAAUAAUGAACAGAAGCUCAUGCCCAAAGCUCCAGCACGUACCACAAGCAGCAGAGAAGCUGUGCAGCGGGGGCUUAAUGUCUGGCAGCAGUUUGGUGUUCCAGAGGAACCGGUUGUAGAUGGGGUACACUUCAGCCCUGCACUCCAAAGCCACAGCCUGCCUGAGUUCCCUAAAGCUCCUUCUCAGAAUGAGAUUGAACAAUCCAUUGAGGCUCUCAAUCUGCUCAUGCUGGAUUUGGAUCCUGCUCAUAUGCAAGUUCCCAAGUCCUACAGCGCUCCUUCUGGUGAAGUCACUGUCAUCACAACCCAGCCAUCCUUCUCUCAGACACAGGCUCGACCUUCCUAUCAGGCUGAUACUGCCAUACAUUCAGUGACUGAAUACAUGCAGCCCCAGCAACAUACCUCGCUUGUUCAAAAGGCUCCAUCUACAUUGCAGUCGCAACUUACAGAACCCUCUUUUCAAAGUCCAAGGUCAGCAGUUCCAUGCUAUCCCUCAGUUCCAGAUCCUGCUGGUCUGAUCCAGUCUUCUGGGCCCUCCCCUACAGUUAGCAGUCUCGAGCUGAAACCCCUUAACACUUAUCCCCCCAGCACAGCCUCUCAGUUUCCUUAUCCUACAGAGACUAGCUCACACAGUGCCCCCUCCAGGAGCUACUCAAAUUCCUCCCCGCUGCCUGGAGAGGAUGAACCUGAGCACACAAACCACAACCUUGAAGGGCUAGUGGCUCACCGUGUGGCAGGGGUAAAAUCUCAUGAGGCAUCAAUGGAUGAAGGCUCAGGACCAGGUCGACACCGGACUAGCAGUGAGGGACAGUCCUGCGAUGACAGCCCUACUCGAGUCCGCUCCCCCAUUCGCUGCAUUUCACCAGAACUGGCUAAUACCAUUGCUUUAAACCCGGGGGGCCGGCCAAAGGAGGGACAAAUGCACAGUUACAGGGAGGCAUUUGAAGAGAUGGAUGGGAGUCCAGUGAGCCCUCCAGCAUCUGUGGGCGGUGAGGUCCUCCCCCAAACCCCUGCAUUCCCUGUCUCGCCACAAACCCCUUACUUCAACCUGUGCCGUUCUCCUCCAGGUUUGGCUAAAACACCACUGUCCUUUCUGGGUCUGAAGCCACACAACCCAGCUGACAUCCAUCUCAACCAGACAGGCUCAGAGCCCCGGAGCUAUGUGGCUUCUGUUGCUCGUUCAGCAGCAGUGGCUGGAGGGCAGCCAUCCAGUCCUGUGUCUCCUACUUUUGAGAGUGGCAGUUUGGCCAGGGGAGCUUCUCUUCCCUUUAACCCCCCACUGUCCUCCAGCAGCCCUGUGCAAAGACCAGAGCGAGAGCAUGUCAUGGUGGAUAGCAGAGUGGGCCUAAGUACACCAUCUGAUGGGGUGGGAGACUCUGGUUUCCGCUCUUUGCCAUCCCAGAGCACUUCACACACACCAACUCCAUCCUAUCCUUCCUUCCAAACACCUGGCAGCCUUUCAGGCAACUUUAUCACUCCUGAUAUUAAUUCCUCCCCACCAGAGCAUGUUCAGAUGUGCACCACUGGUAGCCAACCAAUGCCUAUCAGCCCUGUCAGACAUCAUCACACCAUAUCCACUGACACAUCAUCCAUCCCUGUCCACCAGCAAAGACUGGCCGAUCAUGAUGGUCCCAUUCUCAGCCAUCAGCCUUCUCCAGCUAAUGGCUAUCAGCCUGGAGCAGCUGGCAGCCCAGUGACUUCAAGGCAUGGCAUGGUUUCACAGGCGACACAAAGUAGCCCAAUGCUGAGUAGACAGAUGCCUAUUAGUCAGGGCACACAGAGCAGCCCCAUCCUGAGCAGACAAGGUUUCCAAAGUGGGUACCAGCCAUCUCUUGCUCAGCCCAUGAUUCAGCCCAACCAAAGCAGUCCAGUGCCGACCAGACAGAUGCCUGUAAGCCAGGGCACACAGAGUAGCCCCACUUUGAGCAGACAAGGUCUUCAAAGCCCCUCAAUUGGGUAUCCGCCAUCCCUCACCCAGUCUACCAUCCAGCCCAGUCAGAUCAGUCCAGUGUUAAGCAGGCAGACAUCACUCACCCACCCUGGCCAGAGCAGCCCGAUCCUGGGACGCCACCCCUCUGUCACUCAGAUGUCCCAUGGAAGCCCCAGCCUGGACAGACACCCAAUGCACAGUGGAUACACCACACCAGACGAGAGACAUGGUGCCCUUUCACGCCAGAGCAGCUCAUCAGGCUACCAUCCACCCUCCACCCCAUCCUUCCCUGUCUCACCUGCUUCCUACUCUGAUAGCUUCAGGCAGCCACAGCUGCCUGAGAAAAGGCGCAUGUCGAGUGGCGAACGUCCAAAUGGUGUACCCUCCUACAGCACCGUCAAUGGAAAGGUGUCAUCACCCAUGUCCAGUGGAGGGAGCACUCCAAGUGUGCACUUCUUCCAUACACUUCCAGAUUUCUCCAAACUCAGCAUGUUUGAUGGAAGCCCAGAGACCAGGAUGAAUGUAAAGUUUGUCCAAGAUACUUCCAAGUUUUGGUAUAAACCAGACAUCUCCAGAGAGCAAGCUAUUAAUAUCCUGAAGGAGAGAGAGCCAGGAGCCUUCAUCAUCCGAGACAGCCACUCCUUCAGGGGUGCCUAUGGUCUGGCCAUGAAAGUGGCCUCCCCACCUCCUACAGUGCAGCCACCUAAAAAAGGUGACAUCACCAAUGAGCUGGUUCGACACUUCCUGAUUGAGACGAGUCCAAAGGGUGUGAAGCUGAAGGGAUGUCCUAAUGAGCCCUACUUUGGCUGCCUAUCCGCAUUAGUGUACCAGCACUCCAUCACUCCACUGGCUCUGCCCUGCAAACUGGUCAUACCCACAAAAGACCCCAAUGAGGAGACAACAGAAGUUACCACUCCAGUAAACCCAGCUACAGAAUUGCUCAAACAGGGUGCAGGGCAGAAGAAUCCUGUUGAUUCUCAUGCAUGCAACGUAUUGUACAUAAACUCGGUAGAUAUGGAGUCUUUGACCGGCCCACAGGCCAUCGCCAAGGCGAUCUCAGAGACCGUGACAUCCAACCCUGCACCCACUGCCACUGUGGUCCACUUUAAGGUGUCAUCACAGGGCAUCACCUUAACAGACAACCAGAGAAAACUUUUCUUCCGCCGUCACUACCCAAUCAACACAGUCACGUUCUGUGACCUUGAUCCCCAAGAGAGGAAGUGGAAUAAACCAGAAGGUGGCACUGCAAAGUUUUUUGGCUUUGUGGCCAGGAAGCAGGGAAGCACUACAGAUAACGUCAGCCACCUAUUUGCUGAGUUGGACCCCGACCAACCGGCCACGGCUAUCGUCAAUUUUGUCUCUAAAGUGAUGAUUGGCUCCCAAAAGCGAUGAGCUACUCUAGGAUAUUCUGCUUCCCCCCUGGAGGACUGAUUUCCCAUGAAUUUUCAUUCUGAUGUAUUCAAAUCUUUAAUUUUGUGUGUUGUAAUGAGUGGGCGAAUAUUGGAUUGUAGGUCCAGGCGUCAGUGUGAGCUUGCAUGUGUGUGUGUGCGUGUGUAUCAGAAGGUGUGUUCAGAUGGAAUAGGGAGUUGAGCUCAGAUAGGGACAGAGGAAGUGCAGUGAAGAGGAGCAGUCAUGUGGUGAAGAAAAGGAGAGGGGUGAAAUUCAUCUCUGUGCAGGGUUAACUUUAGAUUAGAGGAAUGGAUGUCAUAGAGUUGUUUUUUUUAAGAAAAAUGGUAAAAAGGAAAAAAAAGGUUGAUGAGACUGAUAUCAGGCUUUUGAAUUACCAUACCAAAGAUGAGACAGCUGUCAAGAUAAACAUGUAAUUAUUUGGAGGUGUUUUUGUUUGUAAAAUAAGACUGCUUGUUCAGAGGACAUCACGUUCCUGUCUAUACAUAAAUAUUGAUAUUCUUUUGCUUUCUGUGAAAAUGACAUCUGUAUUCUCUUGUUAGAAAUCCAAAAUAUUGUGCAUGUUAUCACUUAUGUCCAGGCAUCACUGGCUCGCACAGAGCAUGUUGGAUUAGGAACAGCUUUACAUAUACGUGGAAGAACAAACAGUUCACUAGCAAAAAAAAUGUGGGCCAGAUUCCAGUUUUCACUCAUCCUUUUUUUCUGAUAUUGGUCUCUCUUAAAGGUUUAUAUUUUUCAGUCUUCAGCAGUGUAGAAUAAUUUUCAAGAUUAUAAUAUCAGUCUAGUCACUUUGGUCUAUAGAUGUUGUGCUCACCAGUGUCCUCUCUCUAUCUCUUGCUCUCUCUUGCUGUCCGUCUCUCUCUGUCUGCACACUCUUCCCUUGUCAUCUGGUCACACUCAUUGACUCUUCCUAACGUAAGAGCUGGUUCAUUUUCCACUGCUACACUGACCUCAAGUCAGGUCCAAGCAGUCAGUGCGGUGCACCUGGUGCAGAUUUGGAUUUAUUAGUUUAUAAAGUAUCCAUAGGCCUUACUCAAAACACACACACACACACACACACACACACACACUUACAUAGACACACCCCAAAGUAAGCUAAAUGUAUCUAAAAUAAAAAAAAGGUAUGUCUAAAAGAAUAUUUAUUAUUUUGCUACAUUGAUCUAUGUUAACUCAUAUACUUGCAUAUACUGUAUAGUCUACAUAAAGAUUACAUAAAAAGAAAAGAAGAAAAACAAACAAAAAAAACUAUUUUGGCUAAGAUUUCAAAAUCAGGCGGUUUAGAGACGUAUUUAGUUAUGUAUGAUGUAAAGUGUAUGUAUUUGAAAACUUUCAUUGUCAUUGUGGGUUUUUUAAAAAUAUUUUUUUCACUGCUUUGAUUUAUUUUAGGCUUUUAUUUAGGAGUUGACACUGUUUGUGUAGAGGGGAGAAGGAUGUACACGUUUUGCUAAAAGCUGAGAUCAUAUGCUUUUAACCAUGCUUCACAUAUAAAUUGGAUUGUACACAAAGUGCAAGUGUUUUCCAGAAUAUAUAGAGUUCACUUGCUCUGCUAGCACAUCUUCUCAUUAAAAUGUAUUUUUUUCCCCUAUCCUUCACUGUCCAAUAAAGAAACGAGCAAAAAUUUUCUCCCUUAUCCACAGUGCCAUCAUGAGGCAUAGUUAGGUGUUGCAUCUUUUCUCAUUUCCUCACAUUUCAGAGCCUCCUAAUUAUUUCGGCAAUUACUGCAGUGUUUUAACUGUAAUUUAAAAACAACAACAACAACUUAAGUCAAAUGGGUGUUUUCAUGUUUUUUAUGCCAACCUUCCCAUGAAUAUCCCACCAUUUCCAUUAUCACAGAGGUGUUUAAAGAAAAAAGAAAAUCUGUUUCUUGAGUGUGUAAAUAUUUUAUUUUGCCAAAGAUUUUAUCUCAGUUUUUUUUUUUUUUUUUUUUUUUUUUUUUUUUUUUUUUUACGCCUUUUGUGUUUGAGUAUUGAUCACUGUCCAGUUUACUGAUGUGCCGAAGUGUGGCUCAUUGUUUUUCAUGAGGAAUAGCUUCCACUCAGUACAGGGACUGGCUUUAGUAUGAAAAUGCAUUUGGCUGCUCAGGCCAUAUUCCUUCAGCCUUAAGAACUACUCUAGUAAUAAUGCAAAGCACUUAACAUUCACAAGCUGGCAAAAGAACAACAACUAUUAAAGGUGUUGUAGAGAUCUUUGAAUGUCUUCCUUCAGCAUUCAAACAGUAUGAAUAGUAAAGUUCACAUUAUAAAUCAUAUGCUUGUAUGCAUUGCUUAUUACAAAUUCACUUGACCAGUAGGCUUAGAACUGUUCACUUUCUAUUUAUUGUGUAGCUGACAAUAUGUUUCAAGAUUUUGAUCAUAAUGCCUUUUAAAAAAAAAAAAUCUCCCUCUCCCAUAUUUCUGUGUUGAAGUCAACAGUGUUGCUUCUCUCCAUGUGCCCAGUUAUUAUAGCUCUUGGCCUAGAAUGUGUGAAUGUGCUACUAUUGCUGUACAGAACUAUGUGUUACUUGCAUUAUAUUGUAUGGCUUAAUUGUUUUUGCAAGACAAAAAAUACAUAUUAAAAUGCAACCCAGCUCAGAUACAUUAAAGUACACUGUUACUUGGAA